UUAUCUAUUAAACUUUAAGAAGUUUGAACUUCGAAUGCGACAGCACACAGCAAAGCGCGACUUUGAAUUUUCUUUAAAAACCCGAUAAAAUUCCGUUCAAAAAUCAUCAAGCAAAACGUGUACUCAAAAUUCUCAAAGUUAUUUAAUGCAUGUGAAAAAUAUUUGUACACCAUCAACAAUGCUUUUACAUCUGUUUGUAAGCGUCCACUCAUCCUUUCCAAAACGCUACGAAAAUCUUGCACUCACAUUCCAAACAAAAAGAAUUUAAAAGCAAGAAACGCGAGAACUCAAGUAAAUAUACACAGUGAACGUCCAUUAAGAAGGAACAUUCAUAGAAAUUUACAAUGAACACAAAAAUACAUCAUACAUAAAUAAUAUACACUUUGUGUAAACAAGUUUCAGAUUCACAGCUUUCAGUCGCACGCGAACCAAGCGCCGGUGACGACGCACCGCCAGUAUCCAGUGACGUCAUAAAGUUUCACGUAUUCACAAAAGAAAGUGAUUUCGAAGAAAACUAAAAAGGAGUUUUUAGUGCUGUGUUUGUUCAAGGAAGUGUGUUUAAAAAAAAUAUAGUCACAAUUUUAGACUUCGAAUUGUAACUGACAUUUUUUUUCGGGUUUAUAAUCUGUGUUGCAUUGGACUUGUGAAUAAAAAAGUGCAGAAUUUUAAUGGACAGAAAAUUAUACCUAGACGGUAAAAGUGACGGAAAAUAACUUCAGUCGUAAACGCCUCAGACAGUGUUAUCUAAAAUACUUGAUCCGUUUCUAAAAAUGGUCGAGAAAUAUUUCAACGUCAACACUUGAGUACAGUUGCGAACAUGGCUUUGAAGAGCUUAAAUACGAGUUUCGAAGUGGGUUGGAACGAAUCUGAGGUGUGGGGUGUACCGCAGUUGGACUUGGACGUGUUCUAUAGGCCCGAUGUGGUGAUCAUAGUGUUGUAUGUGGUGGUGCUGACGGCGUCGCUGUCGGCGAACACGCUGCUCAUCUUCAUCGUCAUCAAGUUCCAGUAUAUGAGGAGCGUGACAAACAUUUUCCUGGUGAACCUCUCCGUUGCUGAUCUCCUGGUCACUUUGUUCUGCAUGCCGGUGCAGAUUGCCAAGUCUGUGACACUACUAUGGUACUUCGGUGAAGUCAUGUGCAAGACUGUUAAUUUCUUGCAAGGGGUGGCAGUAGCUUCCAGCGUGUUCACAAUCACGGCGAUGUCGGUGGACCGGUACCUGGCUAUCACGCAGUCGCUCCGCCAGCCCUGGAUGCCGUCACGUCGCGGCGCGUGCAGCCUCCUUGCGGGGCUCUGGCUGGUAGCACUGGCGAUAUUCGCCCCACUACUGGCUGUGGCUACAGUAGAGAGAGAAUACGUGCCGUCACUGUCCAGGACGAGAAAUGGAUCGGUAUGGGUGGAGAGGAGUAUCGAGUUUUGCACAGAGAAGUGGCCGGACUCUAUAAAGAAAGAGCUGUUCGGAGCUUUCAGCUUCGUGCUCGUCUACGCCAUACCUGGUUGCAUAGUCGUCGUGUCGUACUCCCUGAUGGGCAGGAGGCUGUGUUCGGUGUUGCCGCCCUUCGACCAGACCGAGGGUAGCGCGAAUAGUCAACAGCGUCUCCGCAUCGUCCGGGAAAGGAAGCGCGUGGCCUGGAUCCUGCUCCUCCUGGCCGUGCUAUUCGCGCUGUGCUGGCUCCCCUACAACAUCCUACAGCUGCUUAUUGACGUGAACGCCGUCAACGUCGAGUCCGUGUCCGCCAUGUUGCCGUAUACACUGCUUCUAGGACACACAAACUCAGCAAUCAACCCGAUAGUGUACUGCCUGAUGACGCGCAACUUCCGCCGCUCCCUCCGAAAACUGAUCUGCCACGAUCCUGGUAACAUACACUCUAGUACUCAUUUCCAUAUGCAGGGCUUACGUCAAAAAUCCAACACGUCUAGCAUGCGGACGUGCACGACUGUCACCUUUAGGAGCAGCAACAACCAGCUCGGCAGGACCGGCACCGGUAACGCGAGCAUGCUCUACGGCAGGAACAAUAGGACCUCGUCCUUCAGGGACAACGGGUGGAAGGACCGGUAUCAGAAGACCCCGCAGUUCUUAUAAAUUUGCCCUUGAAACGGGUGAUAAUAUGACGUAGUGAGAGAAAUUGUGAUUGAUGUGGAUAAAGACGUUAUUUGAAAAGUGACAGAUAGUACGUAAGUAAGUAUUUUAAGAGUUGUGGGUGUAUUGUAGCUCUUCAAGAAAUUGUUGUCGUUAAAAGAUAGAGACGGCUCUACAAAGCACGAAGCUAUGUCUCUCUUUUAAAUUGACAUCUUUUCUGCUUUAAGAGUGUUUAGGAGCCCUCGAAGCUUUUAUUAAAAUAGAGUAGAGGAAUAUAUUAUAAGAGCGUGCCUGGAGGUACCUAACAAAAAAUAUAUUUAUCUAAGUACAGGUCUUAAUUAAAAAAAAAAGAAAUGUCUACUUUUGAGGUAAACGUUUGUUAUAUUCUUGCAAGAAUUUUUCAAUUCUAGUCAUUCGUAUAUGGUUACUUGCACGAUAUAAUUUUGUAGUGAUAUAGUUGUCUCAGAGUAAAUUUUGUUUUGUUGAUCUUAAAGUUUGUUCAACAUUAUGAGAGAUAUGUCCCGUUGAAGUCAUCUUUACGCUAGUUUAUAUAUCUAAUACUUUAUUCGAAGAGUAAGUAAGAUAAACUAAAUUGUACAACCAAAUAAUAUUUACCAUUACAAAACGCCGAAAUUAUAAGCUUAAUGAUUGGACCAACCCUUAAGUUUGUUGAAAACAGCGCCAUCUAUUAUUCAUCGUGUUCAUUAAGCGCUAGGCGUUCUCAUUGAAGGCCUCAUAGACAAAUACAAGAGAUGUCUCCACGUAGGUUUAUACAAAGGUUUACCAAACAACAGUUAAUUGUGUAGAGCGCUCUAGUCACAACUUCUACAAUUUAUUUAAAUAAAUAAGUCUAAAGGAUCGGAAAGCUUUAUUUAUUAGUAUUGAUAACUAUUUAAUAUACUAACGGUACGUAGUAAUUAAACGAUCUCAUGAAUGAGAAACUAACACUUUGUUGUAGUCUUAUCAACAGAUGUAGCUUUUCUCUAUUAUUGAGAAGAAUAUAUAGAGCUUAAUGCAACGCCAUCUGUCGGUAGAUGAGAUACUAUUUUUUUAAUAUAUGCUUGUCAUUUUAAAUUAGUUUAAGAUAAAUUGUUUACAUUUAAUUUUACGAAAACCUAGAAUUAUUCAAGUUAUAAUUACUAUAAUUAAACUAAUGUCAUAAUUAUUAUAAGAUUGGUUUUAUGUGUGAUUGGCCUUUAAGGCUUAAGAUAUUAUGGAGAUUGUGUAUUAUUUCUAGAAUUAGCUCCAGGAUCCGCGUUGGGAAGUAAAAAUAACGGCCCCAUUUCAUCCCCAUCCCCAAAAUUGCUCUAAAUUUAUUUUUCUUACUAUUUAUUAUGAAUUCUAGUCGUGUAUAAUCAAGCUGAUCUACUUAGCAUAGUUAAAAAAUAGUUUGUUUAUUCUAAAAUAAAUUAUUGAUAUAUUUUUAUCGUUGUCAUAUAUUAAAUGAUUUAGAUAUGUAACUAAGAUUUCUAUGUCAAAUAUAAAUUUGUAUAAAUCAUGAUGUAUAUUAAGUGAAGUAUAAGGUUCUG